UCAAGACACGUUUCUGAACGAGUUAGACAAUUUUAAUAAAAAUCUAUGAAAAUCUCUAUAAAAACGUAUCAGAAAUAAAAUUUUGCUAAAUAUUUAAGUGAAUUAAAUUGUAAAAAAUAAUUGUUCAGCUACUAAAACAUACAAAAUUCCAAGGGCAGGGAAACAAAUGUCACAGCAAGAGGUACAAACAAAUACGGAAUGUAAAAAUAGUAAUAAAAACAGAAAGCGAAAAAAUAGAAGAAAACGUUCAGAAGGCAGUGGCCCAGCAGUUAAGUGUGAGCUAAAGGAAGAAGUUUUGGGAGCAUCUGGUGACAGUACACAGGUCACAGUAAGUGAAAAAAUGGAAAAGAAACCUUUGCACACUUCAAUGGAACAAUUGCGGGUGGCCCGUAAAGCCACCACACCAAUUGCAAGUCGCAAAGCGGCCGGAUCAAAUUGGGAGGCUGUGGCGAAACCAAAAGCAACCGAACAAGAGAAUGUGGCAGCCAAAGGUGAAGAAAAUCUUGCCGAAGCCUCUACUUUAAGCAAGUCUGCACGUCAUCGACAAAAGCGUCGUAAUGCCGAACAAAAAUAUUUGUCCAUGGACUGUGAAAUGGUGGGAGUAGGUCUCAACGGCCAAGACGAUAUGCUGGCUCGUGUGUCCAUUGUCAAUAAACGUGGUGAAGUGUUAUUGGACAAAUUUGUAAAGCCUCAGGAGCCUGUGAUCGACUAUCGUACAAGUGUAUCUGGCAUACGGCCUCAUGAUAUAGAUAAUGCCGAAGAUUUUAAAAGUGUUCAAGAGGAAGUAGUACAAAUGUUGCAUGGAAAAAUUCUGGUUGGUCAUGCUAUACGCAAUGAUUUGGCUGUUUUGCAUAUAAAACACCCUCAGAGUUUUAUACGUGACACCUCACGCUACAAGCCUUUGUGUCGUUUGGUGGCCAAUGGUCGUACACCCAGUCUUAAACGUUUAACUCAGGCCAUUUUGGGCAAGGAGAUACAAACUGGCGAACACAAUUCCGUGGAAGAUGCACGCGCAGCCAUGAGUAUUUACAAUUGCUUGGCCAGCGAUUGGGAGGUGUAUCUGAAAAGACAUCAGCACAAAACAGGCAAAUAACAAAGAGCUCUCAAACUCUCCACCCACCUAGUUAUUAAGCUAAGCUAAAAUGCUCGCUGUUGUUCACUGUUUUUUUUUAUAAUUUUUUGUCAGUAGUAACUAAAACGUUUAAAUUAAUGUGAAUUUCCUUCCCUGUUAACUCGAAAUUUCUUUUAUUCUCAAAAAAUUAAAAAGAAACUUGUUGGUUUUCAAUAUAUUUUUUCAAAAUUUAUUUCAAAUGUUAUUCAUACUUUUCAUAAAUCUUUUUUAUAUAAAAAUGUAUUGAAGAUAGCUAAAAAAAAUUAUAUAUACACGGUUGGUUUAUCCCUAGAUAUAACCAAAAGUAAAUUUAAAAGAAGAAACAAAUAUACAUACAAUAAAUAUACAUAUACUUAUUUCAGAAAA